AUGAGCCCGCGCUCGCAGUCGCCGCUCAGUGAGGGCGAGAUCAGCGAGGACGGGGAGAAGGUUACAAAAUACGCACCUCACCGCAAAAACACCGAUGUUGAUUCGUCCGUCAGACUCGCGUCUUCAUCUCGAUCUUCGCGACCUUCCGGCCGUGAGGCGUUGAUGAACGACAGGAAAUCCCAUUUUGGAGACCACGACCACGUCAGGACCCGUGACCGCUCCAGGUCGCCAUACCGCCGUGAUCGCUCGCGCUCGAGAUCGCCGUAUCGCGCAGACAGAGAUGGAAAGGGGGAGAAGCGGCGGCGACAGGAGGACCACUACGGCAAGGGCACGUCAGAUCCGCGACGUCACAAGGUGUACGAGGACAAACCGGGACGCGGCCAUGGGCACGGCAGCUAUCGCGAUCCUGAUCGGCCUUCCCAAGUCGAUCAUGGCCCUGCGCACAGCGACAGACGCGAACGAGACCGUGCCAGUACCCGUGACUCUCACGGCGAGCGCAACCGCGACCGUAGCCGAUCACCUUAUCGAGCACCGAUGGCGAAUGAACGACCUCACAGCAGAGCCGGACACGCUGGUCAAGUGGAGGCGGGAAGCGGGCGUGCAAAUCUGCCUUACGCACAACGCGAGUCCAUUCCACAGCCUUCGAAUGGAAAGGUCAUUACUAAGUCGACACCACAUGUAGAACAGCAGCCACCGGUCGCGGAUGAAGCCAGCCAGGCAAGGUCAGUCAAGUCAUUUGAGACCGCAUGCGUACCGCAAACUGAAACCGUCUCGUACAGUCAACAAGCGGAGAGUGCAGAGCCGGAGAAGAAGCUUACAGAAGCUGAACUAAUCGAGCAACGCCGCAAGAAGCGUGAGGCAAUUAGGAAGAAGCAUGCGGCAACGUCUGCAAACGACUCUCUACUUCGCGCGACUUUGGAAUCCAACCUACCUUCGGCUGACCCAACCCCAAGCAACGAGGGCGACGGCCCUGGAGCAAACUCUCCGCCGUCUUCCGCAAACUCACCGGGUACUCCAAGGGAUAGCUCAUCAGCUCCAGCCUCGCCUGCCGAGCUUACUGGAAUGAAAGACGAGGAUCUGGUGAAUCCUCUUCAAGUAAAUGCGGCAACUGACGACCAGGGUCAGGCCGCCGCGGAUUACGACCCGGCCCAGGACAUGGACGAAGACAGGCCGGACUUCAAACGCCAAGAUGUUAUUCAGGAGAUGGCAACCCAACUCGCGCCAGAGGACGAAGCUUCCUCAAACAACGCCAACAAGGACAAGAAGUCUGCAGAUGAAUUCGACAUGUUUGCCGAAGACGACAUCGACAUGUUUGCGGCGGAGGAGCUGCCGGCGGAUCGCGACGCGUCGAAGCAAGCCCGUGCCCUCGACGAGAGCCUCCUGGACAACUGGGACUAUCCUGACGGCCACUACCGCAUCAUCAAUGGUGAGCUUCUGGAUGGCAGAUAUGCGGUCGAGCAACAAGUUGGCAAGGGAACAUUUGCGACAGUGGUGCGAGCGCGCGACGCCAAGACUGGGAGUAAAGUUGCUAUCAAGAUUGCCUGCAGGAACGACACGAUGUUCAAGGCGGGACAAAAGGAGAUGCAUUUCGUCGAGCGCCUCAACGAGAAGGAUCCUGAGGACAAGCGGCACAUUGUGCGGCUCCUCGGUAACUUCAUGCAUAAAGGCCAUCUUUGCUUGGUCUUCGAAGGCCUUCAUAUGGACUUGCGUGAGGUGCUGAAGAAAUUUGGGCGGGAUGUCGGCAUCAACUUGGAGGCUGUCAAGAUGUACGCAUACCAGAUGUUCCAGUCGCUGUUGCUGAUGAAGAGCGCGGAGGUCCUGCACGCAGAUUUGAAGCCCGACAACAUCCUGAUCAACGAGAAGCGCACGUUCAUCAAGAUUUGUGAUUUUGGUACUGCGACUCUGCAGCAAGACGCGGAGCUGACGCCGUAUCUCGUCUCGCGCUUCUAUCGUGCACCAGAAGUCAUUCUGGGGAUGGACUUUGACUACGCCAUUGACAUGUGGGCUAUCGGAUGCACGCUCUACGAGCUCUACGCGGGCCGAAUUCUCUUCAAUGGCUCGGAUAAUAACAACAUGCUGCGAGUGAUCCAGGAGUGCCGCGGCAAGCUUCCUAACCGACUCAUCAAGCGAGCAAAGCUUGCGGAUAAGUACUUCGAUGAUAGCUUCACCUUCUACGGCCUGGAGCGGGAUAAAAUGACGGGGAACGUGGUGCAGCGGCCGAUGCACUUCGGCCAAGGCCUUCCAGGUAGAGACCUCAAGUCGCGACUGAGUGGUAACGUCAACCGGAUGGAGGCUAAGGUGUUGAGGGAGCACCAUGCUUUCGUCGACUUGCUGGACAAGUGUCUGCAGCUGGAUCCAGACAAGCGCAUCAAGCCGAAGGAUGCUCUUCAUCACCACUUCUUUGCCCGUCCAGGAGCGCAGACAAAGCCGAGAACCUCUGUCGCUUCUACGCCGACUUUCCGGCCCAUUGCUGUUCAGCAUGCUGGAUAG